ACCUAAAUCAAUUUUAUUGUAAACCCUUAUAUCUGUUUUUUCUCUCUCUUUAUUUUGGCGUGGCCUCAGUCUCUCUCGUCAAACAACGCUUCCUCUUUUUCUCUUCAAAACCUAAUCAAAUUUCUUCCCAAUACUUGCCAAUUUCGACCAAGGAUACCCAUGAGAUUUUCGGUCCAAAUUUGAGAAAGCGCACGGCAUCAACUCCUUCUCUCUAUAUCGGGUUCUGCUCUCUUAAACUCGUCCGAUUCCUGUCGCUCUCCCGGUCUCCUUUAUACACAAUAGUGUCAUAGAGCGAUUUAAAUGAUCGGGAGUAUGAACAUUGAGUUCAGGAACUUCUGAAUAUUCAGUUGUGAAAGAUGGCAUUGAAGUUUCUGAACAAGAAGGGAUGGCACACGGGGAGCCUGAGGAACAUAGAGAAUGUGUGGAAGGCGGAGCAGAAGCAUGAUGCAGAGCAGAAGAAAUUGGAAGAGCUCCGCAAACAGAUUCAGGAUGAACGCGAGCGCUCAGAGUUUCGCCUUCUUCAGGAACAAGCUGGCCUCGUUCCGAGGCAGGAGAGGUUGGAAUUUCUUUAUGAUUCUGGACUAGCCGUGGGAAAGGGCAGCAGUAGUUCUGGUGCAGGGUCGGGAGUAGCAUUCAAGGCGCUCGAGGAAACCAUUCCCAAUAACAACAACAAGACUGCCGAUCCAUCAUCUUCUGCUUCCACUGGCAAGCAAUCGUCUGCCCCUGGAGCCUUAUUUGAGGACAAACCUCACUCUGCCAAUGAUGCUUGGAGGAAACUUCAUUCUGAUCCUCUGCUUUUGAUUCGCCAGAGGGAGCAAGAAGCCCUUGCCCGCAUCAAGAACAACCCUGUCCAAAUGGCCCUCAUUCGCAAAUCGGUCAAAGCAAAUAAAGAGGAAAAGGCUCAGGAAAAAACAGAACGCCGGAAGAAGCACAGUCAUGGUAGUGCAAAGCAUCACAAGCAUUCAUCAUCCAAAGCAGAAUCUGAUUCAGAAGAUUCUUAUGUCAAAAGGGAAAAGAAGCGACAAACUGGCGAUCACAGAGGUUCUAAACACGAGGAGCAUUAUUAUAAGGCAGAAGUGAUUUCCAACGACAACUCAAGUGGAAGAGAAAGUCGCAGAAGAAGGGACUCAAAAUACAGAGAGCGGUCUCCCAGUGGUUUCUCAGAUUCAAAAGCUGUAAAAAAUGAUGGUAACCAUGCUGUGAAGAAGUAUUCUGACAAGUUGACGGGUGAGAAAAAUUCUCUGAGAGACUGGACAAAUACUGAUGUUGAUAGAAAAGAAAUGGAACAGAGAAGUUUCAUCAAUAGAAAGGAAAGGGAACCCAGAAGCUAUAGAGAGGCUAGAUCUUAUGAUUCUUCUAUGGCGGUUAGCCAUGAUUCACGCCAUAAGUGCUACAAUGUUGCUCCUAAACUUUCAGAAGAAGAACGAGCAGCUAAACUACAGGAGAUGCAAGAAAAUGCUGAGCUGCACGAGGAGCAAAGGUGGAAGCGUUUGAAGAAGGCUGAGGAGGAGGAUGCACGUGAAGCUAACCGUGCUAGCAUUUCUGGUGGCAGAAACUUUCUGGAUGCAACUCAGAGAAGCGUAUAUGGUACUGAAAAGGGUGGAAGCUUAACCAUAGAAGAGAGCGUUCGUCGCCGAACGCAUUAUUCACAGGGAAGGUUUGAAGUGGGUAGUGGCAAUGCUUUUCGGCGGUGAUGCUCUUUCAUCUUGUUUAUUUUUGUUGUAAAAUUUCCAGUUCUUUCCUCACUUUUUUCUUUGCGCAUGUGCCUAUAUCAUAAUAGUGUCUUGCCAUCUUGUAUAAGCAAUUAAAUUCCAAGUUAAACUAAUUGAUGCAUACAAUUCUUUUCAAUUCUUAAUGAGUUGACAAGUUUGAGCAGGA